AUGUCUCGAGUUAUAUCAAAAGUGACGACAUAUUUCAAGCAACAUUCCACCGCCGAAUGGAAGCAUUACUUCUUGUCAACUCAUUUUUGGGGACCAGUGGCUAACUGGGGACUUCCGUUGGCUGCUCUUGGAGAUUUGAAGAAAAAUCCUGACAUGAUCAGUGGACCAAUGACGUCAGCUCUUCUGAUCUACUCGAGUGUUUUCAUGAGAUUCGCGUGGCACGUUCAACCACGAAAUCUUUUGCUCUUCGCUUGCCAUUUUGCCAACUUCAGUGCUCAAGGAGCUCAGCUCGGUCGAUUUGUGAACCACAACUAUCUGCACUACGUUGAAGAUCCCGUCCACCAUAAAUUGAUGAUGAAAAAGGAGGUUUUGGAGCACGAACACGAUGCGGAAGUGAUCAGCAAGGCACAUUGAGCAAUUUGAUUAAAUAUAUAAUUUUUAGCGGGUUUCGCUCUUUUUAUGGUAUCCUUUUUUCGAAUUUCUAGGGAAUUUUAGAAAGAAUAAGUUAAAUAAAAAUAAAUUUAUG